AUGCCUCGUCCUGCCCCGAAAAGAAGUCGCACAGUGGGAAAGACACAGCCAAAGAAGGGUGCGACAGACGAAUCGGCGCAACAAAAUGACACCGGUCUCCCCAAAUCGCCUGUGCAGCCUGAUCAUGGCUCAGCCUUGGAUCCGAGACAGGCUCUACGUAACCAGACACCACUGGCCAAGAACCACGAACAAGCAAUUGAAUCGUCGCCCGUAGACGACCGGCUGGCCACGGGUAGUCGACCUGGAACUGGCAGUCGGCCCCCAACAAGAUCGCGAGGUUAUUCGUCUACGUUAUCGUUCGCCGGACGCAAAGGCGACACAGGUUCCCGAAUUCCAGGAACGCCCAGUUUCGAUAGUUCGGUACUGAGUAACUUCAGGCGGCGUCCGCGCCAGCAGAGCAUUCUACAGAUGAUGCAGGCCGACGAUGUCGGCUCUUCCGAUCUUGAUGACGAUGACUUCCUUGGUGGGCUCAGCCCAAAUGAUGAGUCGACACCACUCAGGCUCUCCCGAGGGAAGUCACUACUCGUGAGGCCUUCCGAUAGGUCCUCCUCGCCGUCUGGAUCACCACCCUCGUCUGGCGGGUCGCGAAAACGCCAAUGCAUGGCCCAAGAGAUCCAAGUUCCCCAGUCUCCAAUAGAUAUGGUUGAAGACACUCCAACUGCGACACAAAUUCAAGGUCACGGUUCUCACUAUCUCGCUGAAGCGGAAGUUUGCAAUCAACACCCUGAACAGGAGGAGGUUGGACAGAAUGAUGGGCUUGGAGAUGGGGAGACCGAAAUUGAUAGAGUCGAGGCUACGCAGCAGUCCCAACAAUUCCCAGAAAUGUUAAGCCAGACUAUGCUACCGCCGGCCAGCAGUCCCGCUGGCACAGCUACACCUGGUGACCCCACGCCACGACCUGUGCAGAGGAGUAAGCCAAAGGUUCCCACUCAUCUAUCAACUGCAAGCCUACAAGACAAGCUCUUGCCACAUCGCCGGCGCAGACGUGGUGCAGCCGAUCAUUCCAGUGACGAUAGCGAUCGCCAACAUGACGCUGCGUCCAGUGACGAGGACGAAUUGAAUUACCCAUCUCAAAGACCAACUAGGGGACGGGCCGGGAAAAGCAAACCCAAGCCAUUAUCCAAGGCCCACGGCCUGAAGCAAAAACGAGUUCCGGAAACGAAGCCCAAGGAUAAAGCGGCUCCAAAGGAAUCAGCUACUUAUUCACGUUCUCAAACGACUGGCAUUGACAAAGAGAAUGAAGAGCUCCUGUCGUCCUCUCCAUUAUCAUCCCCACCAGACACCGACUCUGAGUCCGAACCAAUGGAAAAAACCACUCGUUAUGUGAGUGAUGAAUUGAGGGCGGCAGUCAAGAAGUUUGCUGAGGUGGAUCAAUGGGAGAUGGAGUUUGAAGAUGUAACUUCAGAGAGCUAA